AUGGGGAGUCGCCGAAUGAAUUGGAAGGGCUCGUGGUGGAAGACGGCCGGCCGACCGGUGGAGCUGGCUUCGCAAACCGCCAAAAGAUGGGUGCUUGGAAGUUCCCCCCCUCUCUCGGAUCUAGAAGCAUGGCUCACCGCCAAUCUAUCACGGCUCACAUUCCACAUGGGAGCUGAUCCGGCGGUGCGAAUAAGGGAGAGAACGAAGGUGGUCACUUUCUUAGUCGCCGAUUGA